CCGCCCCGCGCGUCAUGGAGCGUCACCCACGCGGGGUCGUGGCGUGGCAUAGCGUGCCAAGGGCCGGAACCGACUAGCGGUGAGGAGCAGAUGCGCCAGCGGAGAGCGGAGGAGGAGCGGCAGGCGGCGCAGACCGAGUUCCUGAACAGGUCGCUCCGGGGCUCGCGCAAGUUGCAGGCGCUGCAGGAGCCGCAGCCGCAGCCCGCGGCCCAGGACAAGCGCGCGGGCGUCGUCAACGACGGCUACUCCUCGGCCGAGGACGCGGACCUGGAGCCUGAGCUGCCCGUGGAUGAUCCCACCUCCGUCGUACACAGGGUCAUCAGCUAUGGAGAACUGGUUGCCUCCAUCCAGCGACUUCAGCUCCAACUCAAAAAGACUGGCAAUAGCACCAUAUCCGGUGGUGGUUACUCUGCCCUGGAGGGGCAGGUGGCAGCCGUACAGACGUUGCUGUUGAGUCCUGCAUUUGGGCGUGCACUUGCUGUUCAUAACAAGGUGCAGGAAGUCUCUUCCCAGCUGCACACGCAGCCAGACUCGCAGCCUGUGUCCUCACAUGCGCAAGGUCUUCUCAGAGACUGUUUGGAUGUGAUACAGCCCUGUGCUCUCCCUGAAGCCACCGAGUUGGCUGAACUUUUAACAAGAUAUGAUAUUGAAGGCCUCCUUCUUGCUCAUGACACUCUUGCAUCACAUGAUAUUGCUGUGGUGUCACCAACUUUAAGUGAAGUAGAAAGAAAUAUCCCAGAGGAACCCCCUCACUUACCUGUAAUUACACCAUCUCACACACCAGUGCAUACAAUACCUGCACAUAUCCCAAAUACUUUUAGUGAGGAGCAUAUCAAAAUUAUUAAAAUUGAGAAAACACAUGAACCUCUGGGUGCUACUGUACGCAAUGAGGGUGACGCUGUCAUGAUUGGCCGGGUUGUGAGGGGUGGUGCUGCUGAAAAGACUGGUCUCUUACACCAAGGUGACGAAGUAUUAGAAGUGAACGGAGUUUCAAUGAGAGGGAAAUCUGUGAAUGAAGUAUGUGACAUCUUGGGAUCAAUGAAUGGUACUCUGACAUUCUUUGUUGUGCCUGCUCAAAAGACCAUUCUACCUCCUCCACUCCCCAGAGAAAAUUUGAUGCAUGUCAGAGCUCAUUUUGACUAUGAUCCGGAGGAUGAUUUGUUUAUUCCUUGCCGAGAAUUGGGUGUUAGUUUCCAGAAAGGGGAUGUCUUGCAUAUCAUAAGUCAAGAGGACCCAAAUUGGUGGCAAGCUUACCGGGAAGGAGAAGAAGACCAAACGCUAGCUGGUCUUAUCCCUAGCAAAUCAUUUCAACACCAACGAGAAGCUUAUAAACAAGCUAGUAUAGCUACAACUGACCCAAAGGAGAAAACUAAGAAGGCUUCCACAUUACUCUGUGCCAAGAAAAACGCCAAAAAGAAGAAAAAGAAGGGUUACGGUUCAUCAUAUGUUGAUGGAAACUAUCCACUCUAUUCUACAAGUACUCCAGAUGAUUAUGAUUCUGAAGAAAUAUUAACAUAUGAAGAAGUUGCGCUCUACUAUCCACGAGAUAAUCACAAGCGUCCAGUAGUUUUGAUAGGCCCUCCAAACAUUGGCCGACAUGAGCUGCGGCAGAGGCUAAUGGAGGAUUCAGAAAGAUUCGCAGCAGCCAUUCCACAUACUAGUCGUGCAAGGAAAGACAAUGAAGUUGAUGGUCAAGACUAUCACUUUAUAUCCCGGCAGCAAUUUGAAGCUGAUAUAUUAGCUCGUAAAUUUGUAGAACAUGGAGAGUACGAGAGGGCGUAUUAUGGCACCUCUCUUGAUGCUAUUCGUUCUGUUGUCGCUGCCGGAAAGAUUUGUGUGUUAAACUUGCACCCUCAGUCGUUAAGAAUUUUGAGAAAUUCAGACCUGAAGCCAUAUGUAGUUCUAGUUGCUCCUCCUGCUCUGGAAAAAUUACGACAAAAGAAACUUAGAAAUGGAGAAGCUUUUAAGGAGGAGGAACUGAAAGAAACUAUAGAAAAAGCAAGAGAAAUGGAAGAAAAGUAUGGGCAUAUGCUUGAUCUUGUGAUCAUAAACAGUGAUACAGAGCGUGCUUUCAGUCAACUUCUCUCAGAAAUUAAUAGUCUGGAGCGUGAGCCUCAGUGGGUUCCAACUGCUUGGGUGAAACAACAAUAACCUAGGCCUGUUAAUAACUGCCUGUGGUACAAGCAGUAAAUUUUCAUAUUUAGUGUGAAGACUUAAAUGUGCCACCAUUUCACAUCAAGACUGUUUGUCGUUCUGUUUCCUUCCUAGGAACUUGUGAUAAGGUUAACAGCACCAUCUGGUUUUGCCAAGCUUGGCAAAACACAGUGCUCUGUUAUCUCUCGUUAUUGUUGAAAGUUAAAGCCAAGUUUUUUAAAGACACGGACUAAAAGCAUUGGUGCAUAGCACCUUGUUUUGUUAUUUGUCUUCCUUUUUAAGUGCUCUCAGUGCUGUAGUGUAGAAUUGGGGUGUGCGAUUAAUUCAUUUUGUUGUGGACUCUAAUGAUUCACUUCAGUAAUACCCUACUUGAAGCAAUAUGUUACAAAUAAAAUGGGCUUAUAACAUCCGAUAACUAUAUGUUUUCUCUCCGUACUUCCAAAUUUCCUCGUUUUUCAUGGAAUAUUUUAGUGUCAGUUAACCAUUUGUGAAUUGUUUCCCAGAUUCCUAAGAAUAUUUUUUAUUUAAGUGUGGUAAAGCUAGCUGUAGACUUUUUUCUUAACUUCGCACACCCCUGACUGUAGAGUUUGAAAAUCGGGAAUGUUCAUGUGCCUGUUUUUAAAACAAUUUAAAGCAUUUUAUCUUCAUCAUGUUAUCCUGAUUUUUCAAUUUUAUAUUCAAGUGAACUAUUUUCACGUCUCAUUUGUUCAUGAUAUAAAAAAAUGACUUCUACCCUGUCCUCCUUCUGCAUGUUAUAUUUGUUAUUGAUUUUAUAAACACAGGCUUGUAGCCUGAAUUCAUUUUUACA